ACAAAACCAUGAAUCACCAAUCCAGAACAGACUCUUUUGUUUGUCCCUCGUGUUGUGUGUGAACAGACAGUUAUUAGCCCAGGUUAGGGAUCCCAAACAAAGUCCAACGUUCAAUGAGUCCAGUGUCCAUACGUAUACUUUGCCCCAUGUAGAGACCGUCUUAUGUUUCUCCAAACAAGAUGGCGUGGGCAGAUAGAACGUGACAAACUGUAUAUGUACGUGCGUACCGCUUUAAGUAGCAACCGUGCCGUAGGAGAUUGUCCUUUGGAUGCCUGUGGGACACCAGCUAAAGUCGCGCCACCAUGGUCAACAUAAAAUUUUACGACAAGCACGUCUACGUGUACUUCUGUGUCAUCUUAGCCCUAGGUUUUCUCACCUUUUUUCUCGUGCAAUAUCGUUCUUCUUCUUCUUCUUCAACACAUCUUACAAGGAAGCUUUCUCGAUGGCGGUCCGCCUCUCGUCUGUUUAUAGAGAUUCGUAGCUCCACAACAAAGCCUAUGACUGAUCAAGAAAAAUUGUUAGAAAUUGCGAACAUCCUAAACGUGCACGGAAACCUAGAGGAAGAAGUAUAUCACAGAAUGCUCAUAGAAAUCGUCAUUUUAGCUCAGAACCAGAGAAAACAGCGAGUGUCAGCUAAGGACACCAUAGAGGAAAUUCACAACAUGAUUUUGCAUCACACUAAGAACUCUGAACUGAUGGAAAGACUUCUUGAAGAUAUGGAUGUCUUGGACAACCUUCUACCGAAGAAACUGGACAGAGAAUUAAGUGUGUACCCUUUCAAGAAGGAUGCUGCCUUCACACCAUCGAAAUGUCCGAACAGCUUUAAGAGAAGAUCAGAGGUAUCCAGGUGGUUUCGGGACAGGUACGUAGCGGACAUCAAGGUACUGUUGGACAUCAGUGACGUAUCAGACGGAGGAUUUCUGGACCUGAAGUUUUUUAAACUUCCCUUCGGCUACAAGACUGAGAGUGAGGAAAUUGUACAGAACAUAUUGAGGCAUUUGGAAAAUGUGGAACUCUACCGCGGAGGGAGACAACCUUGCAUUAGGUGUGCUGUGGUCGGCUGCGGAGGGAUACUGAACGGUUCGAGGAAAGGAGAUGAAAUCAACGCACACGAUUACGUUUUUCGACUGAACCAUGCAGAGAUCGGACCUCGGUACGCACCUGACGUCGGAAACAAAACCAGUUUCUACAUCUUUUUCCCGGAGUCUGCGGACAACAGGCUUCUACUGGAUCAGGAUGUGACGUAUCUGUACGUGCCGUUUAAGACUUACGAUCUACAAUACAUCAACGAGAAACUGCAGUACGAUACGAUCCCAGACGUAUGUGCCAAUGGAAAAUGCAAGAAACUGCGCAAUCCGAAGAACGUCACAUCACACAACCUUCGCAUCGUCCACCCAGACUUCGUCCGCUACGUCUUCGCCAACUACCUGAACGCCACCUCGAGUCGCCCCACCACCGGCGCGCUCACGGUCUUCCUCGCCAUGCACCUGUGCGAUGACGUCACCCUGUACGGGUUCGGCUACGACAAGAGGUUCUCCCUACACUACUACGACAAGACGUUCGUGAACUCCACGCAGUGGAAGACCGGUUCUCACGAUGUAGAUAAUGAGAGGGUACUGUGGAGCAGGCUACAUCAAGAAAACGUCGUCACGUGGUACCAGAGAUAGAAACACUGUAAAUCACGCCCGACGGUGCCAACUGCGCAUGCCCAGGUCAAAUGUGAACGUCCCAUGACCAUAGACAGAAAUAGAGAUCAGUGUCAUUCUGUGGUGCGCUAUACUUGAAACAGAGAGAGAAGACAUGUCUUUUUGGAUUAUAUGCUUCCUAUAGUUUUCAAUAUCUAAAUAGCACAGAUAGAAAGUACAUUCUUUUUGCAAUUAUUAUAUCAAAUAUAGAUUAACCAUGCAUUGUAUGCUCCAUUUGUCCGUACAUUUACUGGCAGCUACGUUGAGACUCAAGAAGUUUAGUCUACGUACACUGUAGACGCGUUCAGAUACCAUAUUAUUAUAUGGCUACAACUACUAUUGUACUUCUGUUUUAUCACCCCGACCUGUACUUAGAUUGGAAGAGCAUAAACGUUCCAUAAAGAUCUAACAUUUUUAUUAAAGUGACAGGAGUGGACCUGCAUGUUCCUAGUAAGUGUAACUUA